AGAUAAACAAACAAAUUACUCGAUUCAAUUUUCUCUUUUUGAUACAUAACAUCUUCAAUUGUCUUUUGUAUUAUUUUUAAGUAAUGAUCAUUUUCUAAUUUCUGUGGCGUGAUUAAAACUGGAAAUAAACAUUAUAAACAGAGACAAUCAAGGUGAGGAUAUUAACAAUAUAUAGAAGAUGUAAAUUAAGCCGUGCAAUCAACAAACGUACGUAGAAAAAAAGGGAUAAUGAUUAUAGAAUUAGCAUAAAUAAAACAAUGUCGCAAAGUGCGAUUUAAUUGUUUAAACGAAUCGUGAGAAUGAAGAAGAUUAUUGUGCUGUGCGUUUUUCCAGUUCUAGUUUGGUCUUGGUUUCAUCCGGGAACUCGAUACGGAAUUAGACAAAAUGUGGAAACUUCGAGAGCGUUACAAUGGUUCUGUUUGGUGCUUGGCAUUUGUGCCUCGAAUCUAGAUCCAGGUCGUUCGGAAAAACCGAACCUUCACGUCCAAUAUUCCUGGGGACAACUGGAAUUCGAGUGGACACCGGAACAUACUAGGGAAGCCUUCAUUGCCAGCGGCGACUUCGUUCCUGGCGUCCCUGCUCCAAUCGACGCUGACGUUUACUAUUCUCCUGAUGGAAGCGAGAAGAACAAAAUCUUUGUGACUAUACCGCGAUUCCAACCUGGAAUACCGAUUGGAUUGGCGACAGUUACUAAUAAGACAACUCCUGAAGGUAACCCGAUAAUUGCACCUUAUCCUGAUUGGAGUUGGCAUAUUAAUUCGAACCAGUGUAAUGAACAUAGGAUUGUGUCUGUGUAUAGAAUCAUGAUUGACGAGUGUAACAGACUUUGGGUGAUGGAUACUGGAAGACUCAUCAACACCAUUAUUUGUCCUCCGCAAAUCUUGGUCUUCGACUUGAAAACGGAUACCUUAAUAAAGAGAUACGAAAUUCCAAGAAGUCAGUACGAGGAAAGAUCAAUUUUCGUAACACCAAUUGUCGAUGUCCGAAACGAGUGUCAAGAUACUUUUGUUUACGCAGCUGACUGUCAAACUUAUUCAAUCGUUGUUUACGAUUACAAUCAAGGAACAUCCUGGAAAGUUACCGAUAAAACAAUGUAUCCGUUCCCAACUUACGGUACCUACAGAAUCCUAGGUCAUCAUUUCGAUUUAAUGGACGGAGUUUUGGGAAUGGCUUUAGAACCUCUGAAUCAAAGAGGAGACAGAAGACUAUUCUACCAUGCAAUGUCCAGUCCGACAGAACACUGGGUUCUAACAUCUCAUUUACGUAAUCACUCGAGAUUCAGCUCUGAUCCAAGUUCCUCUCCAGAGAUUUUCUUUACUUACCGAGGCACAAGAAAUACUCAAAGUGCUGCAAUGACGAUCGAUAAAGAUGGAGUUUUAUAUUCCGGAUUGAUGAGUGAGGUGCAAUUAUAUUGCUGGAACACAGCUUCAGACGAUUACGGUCCAAGAUAUUGGGAAGUUGUAGGCAACAAUAAAGAAGCCUUACAGUUCGCCAGUGGAAUCAAAGUGGUUUCCAAUCACAGGAAAAACUUCCAAGAGCUGUGGGUUUUAACCUCCAGGUUCCAAAGAGUUGCGGACAGUUCCAUAAAUGUACAAGAUAAAAAUUUCCGAAUUCUGGUUGGAAAAGUGGAAGACGUGUUGUUUGGCACGAAAUGUAAGAGACGCAGUGGAGGUUACGGACUUAUUAAGAACCCCCACAAUGUAAAUGGAAGUGAGAACGAAUUGGAAAUGGCCCUGGACAGUUGGCUUCAAAGUUGGAUACCGCCGAGCGAACUAACCCAUUACGAACCAUUCCCUUCGCCCUUCGACUCCCUCACCAACAAAACAAUCGACAAACUACCGAGACCAGACAAAGUGUUACCUUAUCUACUGUCCUUGGGUCUUCUCAAACCAGAACGCACGAUAAAAAAGACAACUCAUUCUCCUGUUAAACCUUUAGAAACCACGGGACCUUUCAAAACUUGGUACCACUGGAACGUUCUGGAUUUUGAGUAUCCAGCGGGCGAAAAGAGUAAGGCGAUUGUUUACGAUGAAUUCAUACCUAAAAACAAUCUGCCUCUUGGAGUGGAAGUUUAUAGGGAUAGACUGUUUAUAACGAUGCCUAAAUGGAAACCUGGAGUUCCUUGCACUCUUGCCGUUUUACCUCGCACACCCAAGGAACCGUCACCCAAACUCAAACCUUAUCCAAGCUGGAAAUGGCACAAGCACAAUACAUGUGAUGGCAUAGUAUCGGUGUUUAGAGUGCAGGCGGACACCUGCGGACGAUUGUGGGUCCUCGAUUCUGGUCAGAUACACAUAACGAUAGAACCGAAACAAAUAUGUCAUCCGAAAGUUUUGGUCUUCGACCUCGAAACUGAUCAGCUCCUCCUUAAGUACGAGUUUCCAGCCGAGUUCGUUAAACAGGAUAGCCUCUACUCAAACAUUCUCGUGGAUAUUCGAGAAGAAGAUUGCGAAAAUGCACACGCUUAUAUCGUGGACGUUUGGAGGUUUGGACUCGUCGUUUAUAGUUGGUCCAAAGACAGGGCCUGGAGAAUAACUGAUCAUUUGUUCUAUCCCGAUCCUUUGGCUGCGAGAUACAAACUGCACGAUAUCGAAUUCGAUUGGACUGACGGUAUUUUCGGUCUCGCUUUGAGUCCUUACAGCAAACUAACAGAAGAGAGACUGUUAUACUUCCAUCCGAUGUCCAGUUUUCGUGAAUUCUAUGUCAAGACAUCUGUAAUUUGCAACGAAACUGGUUGGAUGGACGCGAAGAACGCAUUCAAAGUAAUCGGACAAAGCAGAGGACCCAGUGGACACGUUUCUGCUUCCGCCAUUGACAGAAACGGUAUCAUGUUUUACAAUUUGGUUACUAGAGAUACAAUAGGAUGCUGGGAUACUAGGAAAGCGUACAAACGUCAAAAUUUAGGAGUCGUUGCACAGGACCAUCGUACGUUAGUUUUUCCUAACGAUUUAAAGAUUGACAUGGAGAAAAGACAAAGCGUUUGGAUUAUCACCAAUGGACUUCCAUAUUAUUUGUACAGAGGGCUAGAUGAACACAAAAUUAAUUUUAGAAUUUUGUCAGCGUUCGUCGACGAGUCGAUAAACGGGACAAUUUGCGACCCUGCAGUCGGUUUCUCGACUUCGUUCAUCGAAUACGAAGAAGAAGAUUGUUACUGAACUAAGUCAAGUUUAUAUAUUUAUAUUUGUUGUGAAUAAUAAAUAAAAUUGUGUAU